AUGGCGCCUACUCUCGCGACAAGGAGCAGGAGCCUCGUCCUGGGCUGCGGCCUCGCCGUCGUGAUCCUCGCCGUGGGCUGCCUGCCGUCCGGCGGCUCGGGCAUGGGCAUGCCCCGGCCGCAGCCGAACCUCAACUUCAACAUCGGCGUCGAGGGCGUCGUCUGGUGCAAGGGCUGCCGGUACCCCGGCUACGUCGAGGUCGAGUCCAGGGACGUGUCGCCUCUCCCGAUCGCCGCCUUGUUUGUGUGGUGCCGGCGGCACGGGCGGCGGGCGCUGUCGGCGUGGGGCGCGACGAAUUCGCGCGGCUACUUCCUGAUCCAGACGGGGGCGCAGGCGGCGCCCUUCACCAGCAAGGACUGCAGGGUGUACGUGCCGCGGUCGCCGGCGCGCGGGUGCGCCGCCGCCGUGAGCCCCGCCCGGAUGAAGGGGCUGCCGCUCAGGUUCCGGAGGUUCGUGACGCGCCCCGACGGGCUGCAUGCCGAUUUUUUUUUAUUUUCAACCUUUUAUUAA